UAUUUCCACCGCUCAAACGAAAACAAACCUCGCAGUUUCUUUAUAAUAAAACCAAUAAAAUACUAUUAAAAUGGACACUGUAAAGGAACUGGUACAAUUCAUGCAGCCCAAUCAACGACUGGACUUGAAGGCAGUGGCAUUGACACAUGUUCUAGGUUUAACUGGAAGUACUGAGGGCAAAUCAGCAAUACUUUCGCUGGACGAAAUGCUAAUGGCCAUCUUUGGACUUACCUACGAUGAAAACCAAACUGUGGCCAAGGAUGCGGUGUUAAGUUUAAUAAAUUUAACUGCCGAAGAAGAGGCUGCUGUUAAAGUUUUUCAAUUAGCGAAACAGUUGCAGCCAGCCUUUGCCAUUGUCGAAGUGGCCGCCAAGCAUAUCUCCGACGAGCAAUCCGAUCUGGCUGAUCCCUGGAGCAUGGUUUUGAGUAAUCUAACACGUGUAGAGUCCCUUGUCCACGAGAUCCUAGACACUCUAGAAAGAGACGAUCAAACAUUGCCUCGGUUGGCGAAAGCCUUCGCCCAGCUGGACUACAACAAGAAGAAGGCAAAGCUUCACUAUCUGGCGCCCAUCUUCUGCAAUCUGACCCAAGUGCCACGAGGUAGGGAACUGUGCUGCCAUAGGAAAUACCAGUUGCUGGAGAAGCUCCUCCCCUUCGCAUCUUUCGAAGGAAGUGUGGUGCGUCGAGGCGGUACUAUUGGUAUCCUAAAGAACGUCUGCUUUGAUACUGUCUACCACGAUGUGAUCCUUAAUGAACAGAGCAAUAUCCUGGUGGCUAUCCUGCAGCCGCUGUGUGGUCCUGAGGAGUUCAGCGAUGAGGACAACGAAUUGUUGCCAAUCGAACUGCAGUACCUUCCUGAAAGCAAGACUCGGGAGGAAGAUCCAGAUUUGCGGAAAAUGCUGCUGGAGUGCCUGCUGCAGUUGUGCUCCACACGUCGCAGCCGAGAAAUCCUUCGAUCCAGGGGCGUUUAUGAGAUCCUGCGGGAAUACCACAAAUGGGAGGCCAAGGUGGCCAAGGAUAGCGACUGCCUGCUGGCCUGCGAGAAUGUGGUGGACAUUCUGAUCAAAAAAGAGGAAGAAAUUGGUCUGGACAACUACAAAACCGAAGUAGAAGUGCCCUCCGAACAAGCCGAGAAAUUCGUUCAAGAAGACGCUGCUUAUGUGAAGAGUUUGCUGGAUUAAAUCAAGGACUUUUCAAUGUUUGUAAAUAUGUGUAGUGUUAGUAAAACUCAUAGACGAUAUCGAACUUUCAAUAUAUUUAUGCAGUUUUUUAUUCAGAAA